AUGGCAGGAAGACCUAUUCUUAACUCGAUUGCCACGCUUUUUCUUGCUGGCUCCGCAGUCCUCCUCUUCUUUAUUCUCCUUUCAGGUGUUAAAGAUUCAAGCCCACUAAACAAGUUCUUCUUUAUCGAAUUCGAAACAACAAAUAUACAAUCUUCCGAACCAGGCGUAUGGAUUCCUAACCCCGUCCGCUGGACUCCCUACAACUAUUGUGCCGUCGAUAGCAAUGGCCACAAUACCAAUUGCACCAAGACUUCAGCUGCUUUUGCCUUCACCCCUCAGGAUGCUUUUAAAACUACAGAUGGUAUUCCCUCUGCAUUUAUCAAUAACCGUGAUACUUAUUACUAUCUCUCGCGUAUCCCCUUUGGCUUUUAUCUUGCAGUCCUCUUUUUUGUCAUUGUCUCGCUUUUUUUUACAGUUAUUGGCUGCUGCUCGCGUCUUGGAUCUGCCAUUGCCUCAGCUUUCACCUUUUUUGCACUACUCUUUGGCAUGACUUCUUCAGCCCUUUACACUGCUGUUUUUGUUUUGGGUCGCAACAAGUUUCACGAUACUGGCGUCGAGGCUCGUCUGGGUGUCAAACUCAUGGCAUUUAUGUGGACUCUUUCAGCUCUUCUUUUGUUUUCAUUUAUUAUUCUUACUAUUACUUGCUGCUCUGGUGGUAGCAGUAGCAGCGGCCGUCGUCGCCGUCAAUCAUCUUCUGCAGGUGCACCCAAGCGCGGCGGGUUCUUUUCGCGCAAACAAAACCCAGAGCUUGCUGGAGUUUCUACAGUUCCCCAGCCCGGUGUUGAGCAUGGAGUUGUUGGAGAUGAUGGUUCCAAGAAGCCUGGGUUUUUCUUUUUCAAGCGUAAUAGCUCAGCUGCACCUGGCGUUGACCCACUCUCACCAAAUCCUCCAAAGAAUUAUGAAUCUUCGUUUGAACGUACCGUUGACCGACCUGCUAAUAAUCACCCCAUGUCGGCAGGAUUUUUCAAGAUUAACAAGCGUAAGGAUGAAGAUUCUCUCUAUGCUGAGAAUUAA